AUGGCGACCAAGAUCUACAUUGUUUACUACUCCAUGUAUGGACACGUUGAGAAGCUAGCAGAAGAGAUCGAAAAAGGUGCCUCAUCUGUUGAAGGAGUGGAAGCCAAAUUAUGGCAGGUCCCUGAGAUUCUCCCUGAAGAAGUGCUCGGAAAGAUGGGAGCACCCCCUAAGAGUGAUGUACCAGUAAUCUCACCAAAUGAGCUUGCUGAGGCAGAUGGUAUUCUGUUUGGCUUUCCUACAAGAUUCGGUAUGAUGGCAGCCCAAUUCAAAGCUUUCAUUGAUGCAACUGGAGGAUUAUGGAGAACACAACAGCUUGCAGGCAAGCCUGCAGGAAUCUUCUACAGCACUGGGUCUCAGGGUGGUGGUCAGGAAACUACUCCUUUGACAGCAAUUACUCAGUUGGUUCACCAUGGCAUGAUCUUUGUGCCAAUUGGAUACACGUUUGGAGCUGGUAUGUUUGAGAUGGAGAAAUUGAAAGGAGGCAGUCCUUAUGGUGCUGGAACAUAUGCAGGUGAUGGAUCAAGAUUCCCAAGUGAACUAGAGGUGGAGCAAGCCUUCCACCAGGGCAAGUACUUCGCUGGCAUUGCCAAGAAGCUCAAGGACUCUGCUUGAUCUCAUCCAAACACCAGCAAUACACUGCUCAUGAUUAGCAAUUCUACAGAGAUUCAUUUCCAAUAAUUAUUUAUAAGUUUCUUAUUGUCAAGUGAUGAAUAAUGUGUGUUUUGAUUGCAUUUUACAAUAAUAAACCUUGAUUGCAGUUUACAAUAAAAGAACAUUUGGUGAAAUUUGUUUUGAAAA